AGCGUAAUCACUCCGUAAUCUGAAGACAGACGUUAAUCUUUUAUUUUAAGUUGCUUAGACUAAAUCUAUUCAUAGCCACGUCUAUAGCAAGAGACAUCCCGACUAAAACUCCAUCGUAACUCGACGAGUGCUUAGUCAAUCGAAAAGACAGUUCUCUUUCCUAUGUUUUGACGGCUCUGUGACGGUGCGAUGUGGGAAGCAGUUGAGUACACCGCGGUUGCCAAGUAUGGCGCUUUAACUGCAAUUACAGUCCUCAGCAUAGUUCUGCUGAGGAAGUGGAUUGCAGGUGGGGUCUGCUACAGCCGAACCCGUCUGGAUGGGAAGACAGUUUUAAUUACUGGUGCCAAUACCGGUAUUGGGAAGGAGACCGCAAAAGACAUGGCCCGUAGAGGGGCACGAGUGGUGAUGGCAUGUCGGGACCUGACCCGCGGAGAGAAGGCGGCUGCAGGGAUACGUCUGUCUACUGGGAAUGGGAACGUCGUGGUGCGGCACUUAGACCUGGCCUCCCUGUACUCUGUGAGGCAGUUUGCCAAGGAAUACAUUGCCACUGAGGAGCGACUGGACAUACUUAUCAACAAUGCUGGUGUGAUGAUGUGCCCAAAAUGGCUGACAGAGGAUGGCUUUGAGACACAACUAGCUGUCAAUCACCUGGGGCAUUUCCUGUUGACCAAUCUCCUUCUGUCGAAGCUAAAGCUGUCUGCACCCAGUCGUGUUGUCAAUGUGUCUAGCAUAGCACACCGGGGCGGAAAGAUCCACUUUGAUGAUCUUAACUUUGAAAGGACACCAUAUAACUCACUGGUGAGCUACAGGCAAAGUAAGCUGGCCAAUGUGCUUUUCUCCAGGGAACUAGCACGCCGGUUGAAAGGAACGGGGGUCACGUCCUACAGCCUGCACCCUGGCGUGAUCCGCACUGAGCUCAGCCGACACGUGGAGACGUGGUUCCCCCUGCUGAAGGCACUGCUGACUGCUCCCUCCAUCCUCCUGAUGAAAACUCCCAGAGAGGGUGCACAGACCUCCAUUUACUGUGCUGUCACCAAGGGACUAGAGGACAAAUCAGGGUGCUACUUCAGCGACUGUGCUGUGAAGGAGCCUGCUCCUGAAGGCAAGGAUAACAAGGUGGCCCUGAGGUUGUGGGAGGUGAGCUCGCAGCUGGUGGGGUACACAGAAGAGCACUGACUGACUCUGCCUUACUAAAGCCUUUGGCUCUGCGCUCUUGCCACAGCUCUUCUCUUGCUUCAACCUGCGUGCCUGAAGGCUGUUGCCUGUUGCUCAAGAGCUGAUUAACCUGGACAACCAUGCCAGGGGUACUUAAGAGAACUUCCUUCAGGAAUAAGACUUCAGGUUUUGAGAGAAGCCAUUCUCCAACUACCUGGAAAACCAGCGUGGUUGGUUAGAAUCCCUUGGUGAACAUUUGCAUAUUGAGAUGUGAAAAGAGAGCAAAUAGCACCUUUUGACACUGCAUUAAUUCAUCAUAACAUUUGAAGUAAUAUACCAGUGAAUAUCAGUGAAGUGUAGACUAGUCUGAUGAACGUAGUUUAACCAGUCAGAAAAAGCUACGUGCUUAUUGGGUAUACAGAUGUAUCUGAGUCUGACCGCACUGCAGGAACAGUUGCAUGGCUUCAUCGACUGAUUGGCUCCAGGAUUGGCACCUUACCUGGCUGGGCAGUGACAGUCUGUAAAUUAUUUCUUUAAUAAAAUUAAAUGACUUUUUCUCCAAGGUAUUUAAGAUUCAGCAAGGGUAUGUUUAAUCUCUCUUAGUUUUAUAUGAUAUUUGAACUUGUCUCCCUGUCUGUGGUUCUGUUAUUAGGAUAUUUUAAAUUACUGGAAUGAAUAUAUUCUUGGGGAAUGACCUAGGUUUAUAAAUGGGACAAAGUAGUAUUGAGGAUGGUAGCAGAGUGUGUUGGAAAAAACUAAAUCGAAUCUGUGAGUGUUUCCAUUGACAACACGGUCUUUGAAUAAAUUUCUUAUACUUAGCUGAAGUUUACAUCCAUGAAUAUGUUUUUGACUAAUAAAUGUUGAUAACUUUCCUUAGUUAAGGAAGGUUUCAGUGUGUAUCCAAAUGCAUGAGGUCAACAGAUUUAUGCAUAAGGACAACAUAGUCAUGUUUAGAAAUAUACAGUACCACUGUGUCUAAACCAGAGCAGUAAAGCCAGUAUUUUUGAAAUGCAUAAUAUUUUCAAAGUAGUUUGUAUCAGCAUGAGAAUGCGGGUCAACACCAGAAUCAUAACUCCAGUGACUAAAACACCUGGAUAUGCGACCUCGUACACCAACUUUAGUAUGUGUGGCACUUGCACGCGUAUAUGAGUGUGUGAAUGACAUAGCACAAGAAAUAUAAGUAUUACAAUUGUGCCCUUUAAGUAUAUGCAACUUGAGAAGACACAUCACCUGUCUUGAGACUCAAGGUGACUUGUACACAGUGAUCCACUAGAUCUAGAGUCCAACAGUAUAUCGUGUUUAUCUGAAUUGGACGACAUGCAGAUAUGAGCCUGUGACAAUCUCACAUCCACUGCAUUUAGAAAGUAGCGUGUAAUUAUAUUUUUUAUUUGCUAUUAAAAUAAGUCAACAUCAGUGACAGCGGAAACUCUGGGAAUUUGUUGUUCUGAUGUGUACGUCUGCUCCUGUAUAGUUUUGACCACUAGAGGGUGGAAGAGUCAAAUGAUUCAGUGCACCAUGAACCUGGGGUCUUCAGUUGGGAUUGGCAUCCAGGAUCUCAAGAAGUUAUUCACUGUGUUGUGACUGAGUAAUGUACAUAUAUGAUAAUAUCCAGUUGUGUAAAAGUGCCCCAUAGCUAAAAUGCAAAUCAGUAUUUAGUAGAUGGAUUGUACUGAAAUCUCACAAUCACAUUCCCUUAUCUGAUUUAUACAUUAAAUCGAAUAAACUAAGGGUGCUCUAUUGUGAA